AUGGACCCCGAUGAGACUACAUUGAAUCAAGAUGCAAUCGACAAGAAGCCCAAAAGCUCUACGCCUGUAUUGCGCAUGGCCGCAAAAGAUACCGCAGCAGCAGACGUCUUCCACAACCAUCGUCACCUCGUUGAUUGGGUCCUCGAAAAUGGAGGAUACUUGCACCCGCACGCUCGGAUUGCCUUCAGCUCGCGCAACGGCUACCAUGCUGUCGUCGCCGAUGGUCAAUCUCUCGUGAGUGGAACCCGUGUUGCCAGUUGCCCAAUGCCAGUAUCAUUAUCAGUGCUCAACGCUUUCGACGUUGCCCCGUUCUCAAAUCAUGGCACGCACUUUCCAAUGCCUUUCCUGCGCAAUCAGUCGGAGACGCCCGAGUCGUUGCAAGCCUUCUUCUUGAUGGAGCAACUGAUCCUUGGAGAGAAGUCGUGGUGGGCUCCCUACAUUGCUACGUUGCCUACAGUGGAAGACAUCACAGUGUUGCAGUUUGAGGAGGAAGCGGAUGUCAUGUGGCUAGAGGGAACCAAUCUCAAAGGUGGGGUCUCCACGCAAGAUGCUAAAUGGAGAGACAUGUAUUUGCGAGGCUCGGCCCUGUUGAGAAAAUUGGGCUGGGUCAGUGCGCUGAACGGAUCCUACACAUGGCCUCGCUUUCGUUGGGCAGCUACAAUUUUUGGCAGUCGCUCUUUCACCUCACAGGUUCUUGAUGCAACUCUCCCGGCUGAUCUUGCGACCAUCCACGGCGCGACCAUCCAACGCCGACAACAGCCUCACGACCUUGUCAAGCUCUUUGGUGACCGCUUCGCGGUUCUACUUCCACUUCUUGAUCUCCUCAAUCAUAGGCCGGCAGCCCAGGUUGAAUGGCAAGCCCAUUACCAUUUUGUCGGUCUACAGAUUCUCGAGACUUAUGAGUCGGGGCAGGAGCUUUGCAACAACUACGGUCCCCGGGACAACGAGGCUCUUCUUCUAGCAUACGGCUUCACCAUUGAAAACAACCCGUUCGACCAUCUUGUUGUCAGUAUCAAAGCGCCGCCUGGGUCGCUUUUGGACGUGGCCCGGCGAACAUGGAAACAGGACGUCAGAUCAGACAUCGAAAGGAGAUGUUUCAUAUUCAACCACAAACAUCCCGAGUCGACGUCAGCGCUAGCACUAGAGUCGUCGCUCUUCUCAUUCGACUUGUUGGACAGUAUCUCAAUCUUGUGCGCUAACGACCGCGAAACUCAGAGCAUGAUGAUGAGGAAUCAGUCACUGAUGAGCUACUGCCUGGCCGAUAAGGCCCAUUUCGAUGACCGUCGCAUUAUAUUGGCGACCUUGAGCCAACUCCUGAGAGAAUGUAUUGCGCGCGCGGAAAGGCUGAGAAACACAGACCCCCGUCGAACUAUUCCUGGUCUAGAGCCUGCCAACUCAAAACAAUACAACGCCAAGGUCUACCGAGACAGUCAGCUGGAGAUCGUCGAAACAGCAGUCGCCCUGUGCAAUUUUGUGCUGAAAACUGCCAUCAGUGGGGCCACGGACGCCGAGCAAAUGUUCACUGGGACGCAGGACCAAGUUUCAUCUUCUGCUUUGGAGAAUUUGAAGCUUCUGAACGAAAAGCACGUUCGACUCACUCGGCCACUUGAACUCCUCAGUCUGGAUUGCUUGAUUGAGAUGAUUCCCAAUUCUGAGUGCGUGCGAAAAUGCUUAGCCAAUUUGAGCCAGCAGCUGCAUAGCAACGCUGAUAGUAAUGGACCGACUGAGGUAUCCAGAUCAGCAAAUUUCAUCAAAAGUCGUCUUGCGGUCACUCUCUCGGCGCUGUACAGCGAAUACGCUCACGGUGUCAAACUCCCACACAGAGUCACUGAAUGGGUCAAACAGCUAGUUACAUGGUAUCCACCGGAUAACGAGUCAUGGGCAUAUGUCCCGCCUCCUGGGCCUUGGACACCCGAAGAAGAACCCCCAGCUGAACUGAUGGACCUACUUGCUGCUCGGGCUGCUCUGUCCCCGAUGAUGGCAGUGGAGUCGAAUGUCAAACGAUGGCUGAGACCAGAGAGGAUAUGCUGGGGAUGGAAUGUCAUGGAGGAAGAGAAGGUGACUGUUCCUGCGUAUCUUGCAGAAGCAGAUUCCAGUGAACCAAGAGAUGGCAGUUCUCUGUUUAUAUAUUGGCAGCGGUACUAG